AGCGGCCGGCAUUAUCGUUACGAUUACUGCUGCGAAUUAGUGGGUGUUUUUUUCAGCGAGGAAAAGUCAAAUCGAUUAGACCAAAAAUGUACCAUCAACUGUGUAGCUUUAUUUGUGCAUUCACGUCCACGGCGCUCAUAGCCACCACGUUAACUUGGAACAUGUGGGCGGUUAAUGGGCCCACUAGUUCGUCAGUUCUCGGUGCAGCUUUUGCUUGGCGUGGGAUAUGGGCUGACUGUAUGCAAGCCUAUGGGGGUCAAUAUCAUUGCGAAGAAAUGGGUUCUAUGUUUGAGACAGCUGGUUACAUUCUCGCAAUACGGGCAAUGAUGUGCAUCGCGCUCUCACUAUCGGUGAUUGGCUGCUUUGUUACUUUAAUCGGUAUGGAAUGUUCGAAAUUAUUGGACGGCAAUCUUUCUGCGAAGCGGAAUCUUAUGCGCAUUUCUGGAGUUUUAUUUCUUGUUGCUGGAGUUCUAACUCUUGCAUCGGUGUCAUGGUACACUGGAGUUGUGGUUGAGGAUUUCUUUUCCGUUUUCACGCAAGAUAAUAUGAUCAUAUACGAAAUGGGUGCGGCGCUGUAUCUUGGAUUCGUCAGCAGUGCACUAGCUCUUCUAACAGCAAUACUCUGCUUCUGCAUGCCUGGACCUAAACCGGAAGAUGAGGAUUCGCCCCCUUACAAAUAUACGCCAACAGGUUACACUGUGCGGGAGCCUUACGAAACCAAAGUACAAAUCCCAAAAUCCAAGGACAAAUAUUCCGAAUAUGUUUGAUCAAAAUGGCCGAAAAGGAAAUAAACAAAUAUCAACUAAACUCAGUCUAUAUGGAAAGAAACUAAAGCUAUGUACGUUUGGUUUCCUAAACUUUAUAUUAUUCGGUUAUAACACUUUGUGUGCGUCAUUUUGCCUUUGUAUAUUUCAUUGCAAGAAAUGUUUUCGCUAUUUUCGAUACGUUUAAUUUUGGAAGCGAUAUAUACAGUUUCUAUUUCUAAGUUUAUUCAAUAAAAUGCAUGCAGCGACUGCGUGA